UUGUUUUUUUUAUAUAGGACCAGUGUUCGCGUUAUUUUCUUGGAUCAUGUUAUACAGUUUGUCAGUUUUCGUUUGUUUAAAUGCCUUGUUUUUCUAUAAAUUAUACGGGGAUUACAAAUAUUUUGUCAAAUCAGAUACAGUUGUUUUCAAUUUGCUUCAUAGAAUUACUGGAUCUUCGAUAGGACUUAUUUGCUUUAUAAUUCCCAUUUACUGGACUGACAUGACAAAUAUAGCAGAAUACUGGGAUCGAUGGACCAUUUUUCAGGACAAAUUUGAAUCGUGUAUGCGAAAACCUUUUCAAUUGAAUAUAACCAAACGAGUAUGGUUCGUGACAAUAUUGCCCACCGCUCUUAUGACACUCAAUAUAGUAGCAAGUUUAUUAUUUGUUAAGGGGUGGAAAGUAAAUAAUUCCAUAUUUUUUAUUGGCAUAUUCGGCAUCAUAAACCUAACAACUGGAUAUUUUUAUAUCAACUGCCACAUAUUUAGAAAUGUCAGCAAGGACAUAAAUCAACGUAUAAUGGAGUUAAUAGUAACAAAGGGAUCGGCAACCAGAUUUAGAGAGCACACAGAACUUUGGUGUUACAUGUCACAUCUCAUAACGGAUUUCGGGAUCGUACAUGGUGGAAUUUAUAGUUCUACCGCAAUUGUCAUGUAUAUAUCCAGUACAGUAUUAUGGUUUAACUUUGCCAUGACACUUAUAAGCCCCGAGAACUACCUGGUUACCGUUAUAAUUGUGCCACUUGCAUUUACAAAUUCAAUACUUAUGGUGUAUAGUGAAGCCGCGUACAUAGCUCUUUCAGAGGUGGGAAAGAAAUUACAUUGGCAAAUAUUGAAUUCAACCAUGUGUGGUCUUGUGGAACAAACACAAAGAGAA